ACGGCAUCUUUUAUAAUACAGCGCACUGGAACGAAGAGACUUGGAUUGAUGGAGAAAAGGGUCUAAACUAUGUUUUGAGUGUACUUUUGUAACAUUAAUUUUGCGAGUUCUAACUUAAUAAUUACUGUAGUGGUUUAGUACUUUUUCGAUCGUUUGCUUGAUUUGAAAAGAAACAUAGACAGAAAGAAGGAAUAUAUAUUGCAGAUUUUGCUAUAUAAAGAAAAUAGCAAUGGGUUGUGAGGACGAAGUUUUGAAAAUUGCAAAAAAACUUGACAAAAUGGUGGCUAGUGGUGCUCAGGGACAAGAUCAAGCUUUGGAUCUUUUGAAAUCCUUGCAGGAGCUCCCAAUCACAUUAGAAGUCCUUCAGAAGACUAGGAUAGGUAUGACUGUUAACUCCUUAAGAAAAUCAAGCAAUGAUGAAGAGGUUAUAAGCCUGUCCAAGUCUCUGAUCAAAAGUUGGAAGAAACUUUUGUCUGGGAAAGGUGAUGGUAAUGGGGACGCAGGUGGUAAAGAGAAGAGUGACAUGAAUAGUAGUUCAGCUGGUCAGUCAUCUAAUCAACAGACAACACCCUCACCAUCUCCAACCCCAGCUUCAUUAAAGAAUUCUCCAAAACAGGUUACUUUCCCAGCUGAUACAACAAAUGCAGUUCGUCUCAAGUGUCGUGAACUGUUAUCAGGAGCUUUAAAGUGUGAUGAAGUUUCAGAUAAUAUUGAAGAUCCAGAAGAACUUGCUGCAAAAAUUGAACAUUUUAUUUAUGAAGAAUUUAAAGACACAAAUUUUAAGUAUAAAACCAGAGUUCGUAGCAGAGUAGCUAACCUGAAAGAUUCCAAAAAUCCCAACCUGAGGCUAAAUGUACUGCGAGGUUUAAUCACUCCUGAACGACUAGCUGUGAUGACAGCUGAGGAAAUGGCCAGUGAGGAGAUGAAAAAUCUUCGACAGAAGCUAACAAAGGAGGCUAUCAAUGAUCAUCAGAUGGUAAUGACAGGUGGAACUAAAACUGAUCUCCUAAAAUGUGGCAAGUGUAAGAAAUCCAACUGCACGUACAACCAGGUUCAGACAAGGAGUGCUGAUGAACCAAUGACAACUUUUGUUUACUGUAAUGAAUGUGGCCACAGGUGGAAGUUUUGUUAAGAAGAAUUAUUUCAACGUCAUCACAUUGGAACUUCCCAGAAGUAAUGAGACAUUAUUCAGUUCUUAUCAUUGAUUUCCCCCCCCCCCUCCCUCCUCUCAGAGUUUCAGCUCUGAAUUUGGCAGUUCAUGACACUCCAACCUGUAAAUAAAUGCUAACCUUCUUUACUCUGGCUCAAAAAGGUGAAUGUUCUUUGUUAAGCUGUUUUUGUAUGAGAGUACAGACUUGUUAAAAUUGUACUAAUUAAUGUACAGUUGACAAGUUUGGCCUUAUGCAUUGUAGCUUUUAUAUGAAUUACCCCUGUUUGAUUAGAACCUGGUAUACUGUAAUAUUUCAGCUCUAUAAUUAUUUCUUAGUCAUAAAAUGUAAACAGAUUAUAUCUGAAAUUCUCCUCUUUCAAGGUACAGUUGUCUUUUUAAUUGAUAUGUUGAAUAAAAAUCAUAAUGUUAAGCCUUAAA